AUGGCAGCACCAUAUUGGGGGCAACUGCCUCCUCCAAAGGUCUCAAGGCAAGGCUCAAUUGGCUCUGCUGCAGAUCCAAAUUCAAGAAAGAACAGUCUACCUGUUGAUACAAAAAAGGACCGACUUGCCUCUCAAGAUCCAAGACGCAAUCGAGAAUCGACACAAACAGAAGCUCCUACGAUAUCUACACAAAGUCCAUUUGCUUCUCCGGUUGCUUCAACCUUUCGGGGAGAUGGUCUAGUCCCUCGACCUCCAUCAUUCCCAUACGAUACUCCCAGCACAUCCUACGAUAACGAUUACUUAGAGAAGAGGAGAAGGCGUGGAGAAAGUCGGAACAAAGACAACCUACGCGAAUUCAACCAGGCUACUUCUCCACCAAUUGCUGCGAAUAAAUCUAGAGCACCUCCAUCAGGUAGCUAUAACGAGCCCGUGGCUAGUGGACCAUUGUUCGCGGAUCAAACUCCAGCAAGAUCGAGGCCAGCUCGCAAAUCGGAUGGUGCCGACACUAUAAAAUCUCAGGAAACGAACUGGGAAGUCCUUGGCACAUCUUCUUCUAUCAGUGAAAGAGAUACUAUUCAAAGAUCUAAUACAACUGGUAGAGGCGACAGUAAGGGCUACUCGCGCAGAGGAGGUCAUACAUCAAGUGGAGAACGGCCUAGACGUAGUCAAGCUUCUGAUUCACAUACUAGAAAAGCUUCAUAUUCUGAAGCGGCAGAGGUCCAACGACGGAAGGAGUGGGCAUCAGACAGGUCUCCUUUACAAAGAUUGGAAUUGACCCUUGACAGCAUCACUAAAGAGGAGAAGCGAGCACGUGUGGAAGAAGCCGAGCGUGUAAUCAAAGAAAAAGAAGGAAAGCCUACACGCACUGUUGAGCAGCCCACACAAAACACAGUCCGCUUCAGAAAUCGACCAGUUGCCAAAGCUCCCGAAGGUGGUUUGCAACCAGAAAGGCGACCGGUUAUCGCCGAAAGCCUUCCGCGAACUUCAAGUAUUAAAUCACAAGAAAGCUUCACACGCAGUGGAUCUGUCCUGGAAAGGAGACCAAUUACACAUACAUCACCUCCAAUUGGUGUUAUCCAGGAAAGAAGUCCCAUUUCUAGUCGCGAUAUCGAGAGCACUUCAAUCCCACAGCGCACAUCCAGUAAAAAGCAAAAGUCUGGGUUACCAGUAGCGGUUGGAGCUGCAGCCGCUGUUGAAACUUCUGGUCCUCUUUACCGAAGCAAAAGCAAUAAAUUGAGAAAAGAUCCACCACCAGAUCAUUGGAGCCGACGCCAGAGUGGGACUGACAGGCAACCUGAGGACGACGUGCUACCUAGUCUUGCAGCGGGUCAACAAGCUCUGCCACUUCCUCGGAGAGCAACAGAACCCAUUUCAUCUAGAAACCUGCCGGUUCGUGAACCAGAGUUUCGUGACGAGUCUCCAUUCGACUCGGAAGAAGAGACGAGGGGCAUCUCCUUUAGGCGGGGACCGAAACGAAAGAUGGAGCAAUUGACUGGGCAGAAUCCAUCUUUAAAGCAUUCGUCAUCUGCCAAAUACGAUCGGAAAACAAGUUCCAUCUCUUCAAAGGAUCAUGCAUAUCCACCUAUAGCUGAUGAUGGUUCCAUUGAUCAAGAGGAGCACCAUGAUCAUCACGAUCAUCAUAAUCUUAGUGAAAUCUUUCAUCACCAUCAUAACUACGAGCCAGGGAAAGGAUUAUAUGCUCCCUCGCAACGACUUACUGAGUGGAAGAAGGGUGAGAAAGCUUUGCUGGCAGGUGCUUUGUUGGACCUUGAAGACGAAGCAAGUGAAAGUGACAUCGGUCCGAAGGGGCCGUGGUGGGAAGCUGGUCACAGCAAGAAACGCUCUGUCAAACAGAAGAAGGCUGAAGCCUAUGACGGGGAAUAUGAUGACAAUAAUGGUACAGUACCUUUAGCUUUUGGUUCCAUGGAAGACUGUGCCGGUUGUAUUGCUGAGCAGCAUCUAUCAACUAAAACUCGCAGCUCUACUAGAUUUGUUAAGUUGCGACCGAAACACAAAUCUGGUUAUGCGAGUAAAGUGAUUGCUGCGAACCAAUCAUCUGACAAGCAGAAAUCCCCUUCUACCCCCCCUACUCCAGAUCAUUCACUAACAUGUGCAAUGCGGGUCAUCCGCGUUCGUCCUGAUAUAGCUCCUACUAGAUUUAAACCACCUCUAUUCCUAAAGUGCGGACCACUUCUACGUUACCAUGGCAUACGUUCCGAAAAGACAUCCAGUCGUUCAGUGGCUCGUGGCCCUUUGCCAGAACGUGAAGUCUGGAGAGGAAGUGUUAUGAUUGUGACUCAGGACUCAAGUUCAUCCUACGAACUUGCUCCAACUCUAAGACUAUUUUUGCAGCCUGUGGAUUUGAUGCCACCCCCGCCAGCACAAGUCGAUGGCCAAGACCUUGCUCCAGAAUAUAUUGACCCUAUCGCAGGAAUGACUAAAAUUGGACGAGAUGGUAGGACGCUCUAUACUCGUCCUGUUGAACAUCUUCCAGAACAGCAAGAUCUCUCAAAGAUUGAAACAGACGAAGGAUUAUUUGAGUCACAUCGAAGCAAUCUUGAUGGGGGCGCAGAUACGAAACGGGCACGCAAGACACAGCAAUAUGAUGGAGAAAAGGCUGGGAAGUUUAAAGAAGUGCGAGGUUUUCGUUUGCAUGCAGACAAGGGGUUCACUUUCUGGAGAUUUAACAUUGAAGUAGAAUUGCGCAGCAAGCAACAAAGAAUUGCCUAUCGGAUCAAUCGUGGCCCAGCUACCGGUUUUUGGGUUCCAGCUCGUGGGCAAGCGAUGAAUAUAAUGUUCUAUAGCUGUAACGGCUUCACCAUGGAUAUUCAUCCAAAUGAUUUUAGUGGACCCGAUCCUUUGUGGAGAGAUGUUCUGAAUACCCAUCAAACACAACCAUUUCAUGUCAUGCUUGGAGGCGGUGAUCAGCUGUACAACGAUCACAUGAUGCAACGAACGACCCUCUUCAAGGAAUGGCUCAAUAUCAAAAAUCCUCUCCGUAAAGAGGCUUUACCUUUUACACCAGAGAUGCAGGAUGAAAUGGAGCAUUUCUAUCUAGACAGCUAUUGUAUGUGGUUCUCUCAAGGUCUCUUUGGAGUCGCCAACUCACAAAUUCCUAUGAUCAAUAUUUUUGAUGACCACGAUAUUAUCGAUGGAUUUGGUUCUUACUCUGAUAGCUAUAUGAAAUGUCCGGUUAUGUCUGGCUUAGGAAGCGUGGCGUUCAAGUACUAUAUGCUCUUUCAACAACAAAGUAGUAUCGAUGAAGGAGAAGAUACAGAGCCUAGCUGGAUUCUGGGAGCACAGCCAGGACCAUACAUUCCUGAAUUAAGUCGAAGUAUCUUCACAGGUCUGGGCCGUGGAAUUGCAUUCCUUGGCAUAGAUUGUCGCACCGAACGAAUGAAUGAUGAAAUUGUUACGGCUGAAACGUACACGAAGAUUUUUGAUCGACUUGAGAAGGAUAUCAUCAAGGGUCAGACAAAGCAUCUCAUUGUUUUACUGGGGAUACCGAUCGCUUAUCCAAGGAUGGUCUGGCUUGAAACUCUCCUCACUUCCAAGGUCAUGACGCCUCUAAAGGCCAUGGGCCGUGCUGGAUUGCUCGGAAAAAGUCUCAUGAAUCAUUUUGAUGGUGGGGUGGAAAUUCUUGAUGAUCUUGACGAUCAUUGGACCGCGGCUCAUCAUAAGGAAGAGCGAAAUUGGUUGAUUCAAGAAUUACAAGAUUUGGCAGCCGAGAAGUCUGUUCGAAUCACAAUUCUAGGCAGUGGUGACGUCCAUCUCGGUGCUAUUGGCCAAUUUUAUUCAAAUCCCAAAUUAAAAAUCCCUAAGGAUCACGAUUAUCGUUACAUGACAAACAUCAUAUCUUCGGCAAUUGUCAAUGCACCACCACCGGAUAUGCUGGCUGAUAUUCUAAACAAACGUAACAAAGUACAUCAUUUUGAUGCAAACACAGACGAGGACAUGAUUCCAAUCUUCACUCAUGAUGUGGAUGGCAAACCUAGAAACAAUAAACGGCUACUCAACCGUCGAAAUUGGUGCUCGAUACGGGAAUAUAAUCCAGCUCUAACUCGUCCUAGUUCACCAGACGCCACUACUUCAUAUGAUGGCAGUAUCUCACCGGUACCUAGACGCGGCCUAUUGCGUCGCUUUACUACCAAAGGCCCUUCAUAUCGUCCCGACGCACCACCCUUAUCAAAUGCAUCAUUCUUCAAUAGACGCCCGUCAUUCUCACGGCCGUCAUUAUCUUUGUCCCGUCGGAAUUCCGCUGAAUCUGCAAGACCAGGAAGCCUGAAAAGGACACUAUCUUUAACACGAAAGGAUUUCACUGGACUUUUCCGACGAAACAGUAAACGCCGAGACUCGGGUGGUAUCAAUGGAUACGGCUCAGAAAGCGAAGACGAUCUAUCCUACAACCCAAAUCUUGAUGGUUCAGCAACUAUGCGUGGUGGAGCAGGCGACGAAUAUUAUGCGUUUGAAAAUGAAGCUCCUCGUGCCACCUCCUACUCUGAAAAACAAGCCGCAACUUCUGUCGCGGGAAGUCAACCACAAGAACCGGUUUUUCAAAGGAACAAAUUUCACCGUACUCCAACUGGUUUAUCUGAGAAACAAAUUCGAAAAGGUAAUUACCAAGAUAUCAAUUUGGAGGGUGGAUUAGAUAUCUGUUUGAAUGUGGAAGUCAAUCAGAAGGAUCCAGCGGGUAUCACUAUGCCGUAUAGACUCUUGGUUCCGGCGCUUUGGUAUGAAGAUGAUAUGGGUGAUGAGGCUGCAAAGAGGAAGAGAGAAUAUGAUUUGAUUUUGUGGUUGAAGAAGAAGAGGGCGACCAAGGGACAAAAGGUGGAUAAUGGAAAGAGACUUGAAACGGCAGGGGAUAGUGCGUAG